AUGGGCUCAAAAGUAUCCGGUGCAAAGACAAAGGAAGCUGUUGAGAAACCUGUAAACACUAAGGAGAUUAAAGAGAGUGUUCAACCAACGGUUGAUGAAGAGGAUCAUAGUGGCGCUGAGGACGAACAGGAGAAUACCGAGGACGAUGCGGAGCAGAAUGAUGGUGAAGAGGGUAAUGAUGAUGAUGAUGGAGGAUCAGAGGAACAAGAUGAUACAGCUCAAGAUGAUGAAGAGGGAGAUGAUGAUGAGAACGAGGAGAAUGAUGAGAACGAAGAGGAUGACGAGGAGUUUGAUGACGAGGCUGAUGGCGAUGAGGAUGAUGCUGCUGAGGAUGAGGAUGGAGAUGAAGAGGAUGAUGACGAAGAGAAUGGUCCACCAGCCAAGAAACAAAAGAAUGACAUUCGGGACAAAGAAGUCUUCCAUGAUUUUCUGUCGUGUCAUUACAACUCUUUUGCAGUUCUAAGUGCUUUUUUAAGUGUAAGAGGCAUCAGUUGA